CUCAUAUAAUAACAUAAACACAAACAAAUUAUUUAAAACGCAUUAAAAAAAAGCACUUUCUCAAGAAAACUUCUUCACACUUCAUUCAUCCAUUCCCCAAAAGGAAAUUGAAGAAACAAAAGAAAGAGAAAGAAAAAAAACACAUUUUUUCUGCAAAAUCUAGAAGAACUAGAUCUGUCUCCAACAUCAUAGCAUGUCUUGUUCUUUGAAUCAACAAAGCUUCUUGCUUUGUUCUUCACUUCUCCUCAUCAUGGCUAUCUCUGUUUCUUCCUUUCAUCCAACUUUUCUAAACAAUACUGUUUUUGAUUCUCAGAUACUUACUGGUCGCCAUCUUCUUCAAGCUAAAAAAGGUUGUUCUGUGAAUUUCGAGUUUCUAAACUACACAAUAAUCACAAGCAAAUGCAAAGGACCUAAGUACCCUCCAAAACCAUGUUGUGGAGCAUUUAAAGAGUUUGCUUGUCCUUAUGCCGACGUGAUCAACGAUUUAACGAACGAUUGCGCCUCAACCAUGUUUAGCUACAUCAAUCUUUACGGAAGAUACCCUCCCGGUCUCUUCGCGAGCGAGUGUCGUGAAGGAAAGCUAGGUUUAGCUUGCGAUGCAUUAUCUCCAUCAGAGUCGGCCAAUGACACCGCAAAUCAAAUCGUACAUACUCCUUCUAUAUUACUCGCUCUCGCGUCCUGCAUCUUCUUGAUGGUUUUAUUUUGAUAUUGAAAUUUCUCAACUUCUAUUCAUUUGUUGCUUUGCAUCGAAAGUUCGUUAUUGUCGAUGCGGAUUGGUUGUGCUAGAGGUGAAACUCAGAGAAUGUACUUUAUGUGAUAUAGUUACAAAAGUUACAACUUAAUAUACUCAACUAUGUUGUAUUUGAGUGUUUGUUUAAAGAUUGCAAGUUUUGUGGGA